AUGUCCGACCCCAACGACGUAUGGCAAGAUCGAGAGGGAUCACCUCGACGAGGCGACGACGGUGAUCGAUCGCCUAGAAGGGACAGAUCGAGAUCUCCAGCUGCCAAAUCAAAUGGUGAUAGGGGGAGAGCUGAAGAAGGAGCCUCUCAAAAUCAAGGAAAUAACCUACACAUCAGUGGUUUAUCCAGAUCUGUGGAUGAGGCCAAACUUAGAGAAUUCUUUGGUACUAUCGGUAGACCCGUCGUCAAAGCUCAAAUCAUGCUUGACCCUCAUUCUCAGGAGUCAAGAGGAUUCGGAUUCGUAAUGUUGGAAACCGGUGAAGAUGCUCAAUUGGCCAUUGAAAAGCUUAGUGGUCAACCUCUCGAAGGUAAAACAGUCACUAUCGCUCAUGCUAAAAGAGGUCGUGCGAGAACACCUACACCCGGUCGAUACCACGGUGUGAAAGUUGACUCUGCCCCUCGAUCUUACGGUGGUGGAUACGAUCGACCAUACCAACCUCGAUCUUACGAUUCGAGAUACGCCGAUAGAGGACCUCCAAGAUACGACGACAGAGAGCGACGAUACGAUGACAGACGAUACGAUGAUAGACGAUACGACGACAGGAGAUAUGAGGAGAGAAGAUCUUACAGGGAUGAUCGAGACAGAAGAGAUGAUUACUAUUCUAGAGAUGCUCCAAGAGAUGCAGGUGAACGAGGAGGAUACAGAGAGGAAAGACCAAGGUACGACGAACGACCCCGAUACGAUGAACCGUAA